ACUUCGCUGCCACUUCUGUCUUUCCGUGCUUCGUCUCAGAGGUUAUUGUUUGCUUAUUUUUUGUCUUAGACAUUACACUUUGCCAUCAUGGUUGACAGGUUUGCCGGAACUUGGACUCUGACUACCAGUGAGAACUUUGAUGACUACAUGAGAGCAAUUGGCGUGGGGUUUGCCACCCGUCAAAUGGGUAACGUGGUGAAGCCCAACUUGGUGAUUAGUGUGGAUGAUGCAGGUGUUAUAACCAUGAGGUCUGAGAGCUCCUUCAAGAACGUGGAGAUUAAGUUCAAGAUUGAUGAAGAAUUUGACGAGACCACUGCAGAUGGCCGAGAAACCAAAACGACCAUCACUUUUGAGAAUGGCAAGCUGGUGCAGAAACAGACCUGGGAUGGAAAGACAACAGUCCUAGAAAGAGAAAUCCAGGAUGGAAAACUAACAGCUAAAUGUAUCAUGGACAAUGUUGUUGCCCUACGGACCUAUGAGAGGGUGUAACACGGGGCUGCUCACCAAGAACUACGAACAUGGAAAAUCACAUGCAAAUAAAAAAUUAGAACUACAA